UUCCGAUUAGAAGCAAGAAAUCUAAUUACAUUUAUUGAAAAUAGUAAACCAAACUAUUAAGUUUUAAAGAACUAACUAUAUUUAAUGUAAAAAGUAAGAGAUUUACAGAAGUUCACAACUUUCAACCAUGCUUUUAAAGCUUUCAGACACCACGCAAAGAAUUGUUUUCUCAGAAGAUGAUGAUGUCUGUAGCGAGGAGGUAUAUGCAUCUGAUGUAGUUGUAACUACAAAUCCUGGGAAUCACAACCAUGGUAGUUCUAGAGUGAAACUGACUAAUCUUGUUGACUACAAUUGGGAAGUGAAGUUUUAUCCUGGCAGAUUAAUUGAUGUUCACUGUAGUGGAAAAUAUUUGGCUUAUAUUUUAAAAGCACCCUCAUCAUCAGAUGGUAUGGUGAGGGUCGUGUAUAUGGAGCCUGGUGUGAACGAGCGGAUCCUCAUCAAGGGCAUGAAGGGAGAGGUCCAGGACUUAGCAUUUGCCUUUAUUAAAAAUCAAGUGUUGCUGGCUAGCAUUGAUGAACUUGGCAACAUAUUUGUACACGAGAUUGAAUUUGUUGACGGAAAAUUAAGGUAUUCACUUGUAGUCGAGAUUCACGACAACACUGGCAUGGGUGGAUCAGCUCAUUUAGUAGCUUGGUGUCCUUAUAUACCUGAUGAUGAAGAUGAUGCAUCCGAUGAUGAUGUUGCCAAGAUGCUCCUAACAACUCACUCUAAUGUUGCUCGCAUCUGGAACAUUGGCGAAGUAAGCGGGCUGUGUAGUGGAGGCGCAGUAAAGGCGCGCGACAUGCUCACAUGCGGCGCGGGUCGUGCGGCCGGCACGCACUGCGGCCCGCUGCGGGCGGCGUCGUUCUCGCCCGACGGCACCGCGCUGGCCACCGCAGCCGCAGACGGCUAUGUUAUGUUCGCACAGGUUUAUGUGAAUAGCCAGACCAGUCCCAGAUGCCUGCACAAGUGGCAGCCUCAUGAGGGAAAACCUCUCACCUGCCUUUUCUUUCUUGAUAACCAUAAGAACUAUAACUCUGAUGUCCAAUUCUGGAAAUUUGCUGUGACUGGGGCAGAUAACAAUACAAACAUUAAGAUCUGGUCAUGCAAGUCUUGGUCUUGUAUACAAAGUAUUGUUUUCUCCUGCCCUAUAGUGGAUUCGACCCUCAUGAUGAAAGCAUCUUUGGACAUAAGUGCCAACUACCUGCUGCUCUCGGACUAUAAGUCGAGGAGCCUGUAUGUGCUCAAGAUGACACGGGAUGAGGAUGAUACAAUUGCAUACUGCAAGAGUGUGUCUGAGUUUUUGUUGCCCUACCAAGUGUUGGGAUUCUGUAUUGUGGAUGCUGAAGAGAUGCAACCAAACUGUGAGUCCCGCUGUGAUGAUCCCUUCCACAGGAAUGGAUCUGCCAAUGAACGUGAUGAGCCUCAUCAUUUUGAACUUCAUGAGAAGGAGUUGGGGUGCGGGACAAGCGUGACGGAAGAGAGUGUUGCGUCGCGGAGCCGCGUGCGGCUGUGUGUCGUACAGCCGAAGGGGCUGCAGCAGGCGGAGCUGACGUACACGCAUCCUCGUCGCCCCGCCCACCUGCACGAUGAUGAUGAUGGGCUUGCGUUGGAAGGACCGGUAGAAGACGAGAUGCCUGCUAACAUUCUACAGCAACAGACUCAACAGUUGAAGAACCUAUUACUGAGGUCGCAGGCGCAGAGUAGCAGCUUAUUGACGAGGGCAGAGUCUCCGCCCGCACAACCCCAGCUCAAUCUGAUGACGCCUGAUGCAUUCAGUUCACCGGGCAAACGAGAUGAAGAACUAGACAUAGCUGGAACACAAGACCUCAACCCAAGACUCUCCACCACAGGUUGCGAUGAAGAUGAAGAAUGUGAAGUGGUGGUGUGCGAUGGAGAUGAUGCGGUGGUAAUUGACGAGCAGACGAGUGAUGAGGGUGGUGGCCGGGAGUGCGCUAAGCAGUCAGGAGGCUCCAGCCCUAGCAGAGAGGUGCAGCAGAUCAUGUCCCACAACGAUCUCUACAAACAGACGGACGAGGAGGGCAGUGUGUCAGGCGGGUCGACGGGCGCGGAGGUGUACGAGUCGCAGCCGUGUGUCUCGUCCACUGCGUCCGCGGCUGCGCCUCUCGCCGCUGCCACCGUGCCAUCAGCUCUUGUGCUCACUGGUGCAGGGACGGGCGCAGUUGCGGGCACGGAGACAGCGUGGCCACAGAUCUCGCUGGCACAAAUCACGGAAGCCAACCAGCGUAAAGCAAGCACACAACUGGCUCUCGACGACUGGGCGCGGCACAAGUUGGACGCACUGGACGCCAAGAUCGAGAAGCUCAAUGAGGUGGUGGCGGCUCAGUCUCACGAGCUGUGGUCGCUCCGGAGCGAGUGGCGUCCCACCAGAGACACCAUCGAGCGCGCCCUUGACGACCACCAGCAGCGCACCACUGCCGCUGUUGAAAGCGCGCUGUCUUCCGGGUGGGAGCGAAUCGCCCGCGUGGGGGAGGCGGCCAGUGUGGCUGCGGCUCAAGCGGCGGGUGCGGGUGCCGCGCGGGCCCUGGAGCCGCUGGCGACGGCGCUGCAGCACGAGCUGGCGUCCAAGUUGGCCGCCACCGACUCGCUGCUGCGGGAGAACAUCGACAAGCUGGUCACCAGCAAGACGGUGAUGGAGCGGCUGAGCACUGCGAUCGCCACGUCGCUGUCGGAGAUGGUGCAACAGUCGUUCCGCGACGUGUUGCUCGAUAGCGUGCUGCCGCUCAUGGAGAAGGCGCACGCGCAGAUCUUCCGCCAGAUCAACCACGCCUUCCAGAGCGGCACUGAGGAGUUCGCAGCGAACACACAGGCAGCGGCCCGUGCGGCUGCGGAGCGAGGCGGUGCCGCGGCCGCAGCGUCGCUGAAGGCGUCUCUCGACAAGCACGCGGAGGCGCUGCAGCAAGCGGCGCUGCUCCAGCCGCAACACUUCACCGCCGCGCUGCAGCAGGCCGCGCACAGCGUUUUGGAGAAGGAGAUGGUGUGGUGGAGAGAGCAGGCGCGCGGCGUCGUGCAGAUGUCGCGCGCACACUCUCCGGCCAGGCCCGCCUCCGCCGCCGCUGAGCGACAGAUGCAAGUAGCCGACAUCCAGAGCAUGAUAUCGAGCGGCGACGUGAACGCGGCGUUCCAAGCGGCGCUGUCGGCGUCCGACUUGUCGCUGGUGAUAGCGGCGUGCCGCGCGGCCGAGCCGGCGCGCGUGUUCGGGCCGCCGUGCCGCCUGCGGCAGCACGUGCUCCUGUCGCUGGCGCAGCAGUUGGCUGCCGACAUCGCGACGGACACGCGCCUCAAGCACAGGUACUUAGAAGAGGCCAUAAUGAACCUGGACAGCUCCAACCCUGUGACGCGCGAACACCUGCCGAUAGUGAUGCAACACCUCCAGAAACAGAUUAUGACGUUCCUGUCUGCCAACCCUGGCCACGAGCUUUCCCGACAGUUCAGGAUGCUGCUGAUGGCGACCGAGGCCCUCGUCGUGAAGACCAAAUGACCGCACUGCCACUGCAGGUGCAAAUAACGUCAGUGCUGUGACAAAAAACUGUAUGUGAUAAUAUAUGACCGGUGUUAAAAUGUGAUUCGUUUUGUGUAAUGUGUGAUAAUGUGAACUUGUGUGUGUGACAGAUGAUCUGACAAACUAUUAAGUUUAUUAGUAUUGAGCUUCUCCUACAUUAAGUAUAUGUAGUAUACUACAUGUCUGUUUAUUGUCUUUGUCUGUUAUAGAUAUACCGUGUUAUUCAAAAUAACACCAAUCGCAUAUUAAAUCUAUUGUACUCUCUGUCAAACGUCAUAUUAAUUUGACAGCAAGGGGCACAACAAUUUGACACAGCAUGUAUUUGCUUCAGGUAUUUAUUUGUAUUUGUUUCAAAAUAAAAAUAUAAAAUUUGUUUCAAUCUUUAGCACCGAUCACUACCAUCAAAAUUAGAAUACACAUACUCUGAGUUUGGUGGUCUACUUUAACAUGACAUUGGCUAACUUGUGUAAUGCCUUCCACAAAGCCACAGAAGGAAGAAUAGAACAAAAUACAACAAUAUAGAACAAUUUGACACCUAAGAUAGGCGUAUUAAGUGGGUAAGACCUUAGACUGUUCUAGAAAUUUCUAACGGAGUUGUUGUAAUGUAACAUGGAGUCUUAUUUUCGUGUUCAGACUCUCAUAUUUUGGUCCUUGUGUGUGAUAAUAUGACUAUUUAAGUAUUGUACCAUAAUUUCAUUUGUGUGCUAUUUUUUGUCAAUUGAUUAUAGUAAUAGUUAUAUAGGCAGCCGUCCGACCGGCUAUGACAUACAGAGCCGAAUGCUGGCCACUCAAACAGCAGCACAAACAUCAAUUGCACUGCGCAGAGAUGAAGAUACUCAGAUAGGUGGGCAGGUGGUGUAACUAGGCUGAAUCAGGUCAGAAACAUACACAUAAGAGGCACCUUUAAAGUAAGACCAAUCCCAGAUAAACUACUGGAGAGCCGUCUGCGGUGGUACGGACAUGUUAUGAGGCGACCAUACAACCACAUGAGCAGAAAAGUGUUAGAUAUAGUAACUAAACCUCGAGGACAAGGAAGACCCUGAAUCACAUGGAUGUCUAUAGUAAAUAAGAACCUGAAAGAAGCCCACAUAAACAAAGAGACGACCCAAGACCAAGCCACCUGGAGACACAUGAUAUGAAGGGCCUACCCCAAAUAAAAUGGGAAAAGGCCAGACCAAGAAGAAGAUUUUAGUAAUAGUUAGUAGGCAGCAGAAGCGCUAUUAACAUUUAAGUUGAUGAUUCGAUUUCAACAUUAUUUCAAGGGCUGACUUAAGGCAUAAGUGAAUAGUUGGUAUGAUACUUUACAGUAUUUUACUGGGUCAAACUUACUAACGGUGCCUGGUACUGUUACCUUCGUUUCCUAAGGAUUCUCAAAGCAGAAUUUCAUGUUCCAGGUGGUUAAAGUUUUCUCAAUUUAAAUAGGUGUGUUUGAAUGUCUCAUCAAUCAUAAACUUAGUAUACUAACAUAAUAAACAAAAGACUCUCCUCAUUACGACGAGACUAAAUUGAAAAUGUUCAUGUGUGCUGGUUUUACUGAUGUGUUAGUGAGUUAGUGAAGUGUGUAGUAUUUUCCUUGGUCAAUCCCUACGACAAAUAUUGAUAAACGGCGUCGUAUUCACGUAUACAAUAUUUUAUUUUCUAACACAUUUUUUUUUCAUUAGUAUAAUCUUUAUAAAAUAGAGUGUUUACUGCGUAUAUAAAAUGUAAUAUUUAGUGCAUAUUAUUUUCUACGAAAAUAAAUAUCACGAAAGUAGUAUUGAACAAUAGUAUUUACCUGUGAAAUGUUUCUUUAGUUGGGUUGUUGCUGUAUGUAACAACACAAUCUAAUACACUAUACUCCAACACAGAACAAUAACGAUAAAAACACUAAAAUUAAAAUGCGGUCCAAUUUGACAGGAGACUAAUGGACACUAAAUGGUUUCAAAACGAUUUCAUGGUAUUUCAUCCAUUCCGUCUCUUUCUCAUACCUAGGUUUUUAUAUAAGGAUAGUUAUCUCACAUUCACUUCACAGGGUUCGUCUUUAUACUAAGUUUAUGGAAACUGAAAGAUUUUUGAAUUAUGAUGAAUGUUAGUUAUAUUAAUAAUAUCUUGUGAUAUCAUUAAACCUUAAAACCUUAACCUCAUCUAUUGUUUGGUAAAGUAGUUACUCAAUUUUUUUCUUGAAGUCAAUUAUUAAUAACUGUAUAAAUAAUAUAAUGUAUUGAAAAGACUUGCAUUAAUUUGUUAGUUGCAUUUUAUAAUAUUGAUAAAAUGCUCAAUGACAAACAUAAUGUUUGUUACACAUAAUGCGAAAUGCCCCCGAAUUAAGUUGUGUCUGAGAUUCCGCAACCGCCCCUUUCAAUAGAAACUUUUUGCCUCGCACAAACUCAAAAUUAAUCUCCCGGCUGCUCUAUUCCCGGUUUGAUGCCAGUAAUGGGCUUUUAAAUCUAGAGCGAACUUCCAUCGCAAAGGGCUGGUAAACGCUUAACAUAUCCUCAGGUAUUGCUAAUGUCCGUGGGUGGCUGUGUUUUUUUACUUUCCAUCAGCUAAAUUAGGAUAUCAACCCCACCAUUUGUAUGUGUGGUGGUCCUCCACAGUGCGGUUUUCAAGGAGCUUUAUUCCACGUACUACAAACCUGUGGAAUGAGCUUCCUUGUGCGGUGUUUCCGGGACGAUACGACAUGGGUACCUUAAAAAACAGCGCGUACAACUUUAAGGCCGGCAACGCUCCUGUGAUGCCUCUGAUGUUGCAAGAUAAUGUGGGCGGCGUUGAUCGUGACAGGUGACGCGUACGCUCAUCCUUCUCUUCCAUAAAAAAGCUAAGAUUAUUUAAAAAAUAUUGAAUUGUAUCAAUAAAUAAUAAUUAAUAUUACCAAUCAUUUUAACAUCAUUUAUUUAUAGUCUUAUAAAAAUUAUUAAUUUUAAUUCGCUCAUAUUAUGUUAUGAUCACUAUCACACUAUGCUCAACAUGAAACAGAGUUUAUAAUUGACAGAACAUAUUAUUUUAGGAUUUGUUUUAUAUUAAUGACUUGUUAAUUAGUAGGAUAUCGUAUAGUCAUUUGCUAUUACUAAAGUUUAACCCGGACAACUCGGGGAUUCUAUCAAGUAUUAUAUAAAAAAAACAUUGCGUGCGUACAAACUACACAUGUCAGAAGUGAAACCUGCAUGGUGCAUGAAGCUCUAAACUGCAUAUGAAUUCCGGUUUUAUUGGUACGUGUUGCUAGGAUGACACAUGAUUUCAACCGCUAUGAAAGAUAUUCCUACCACCACAUAUAUAUAUAAUAAUAUGUUCUCCUGGUGUCUAUGUAGUAAUACGUCGUGCGCUUGGAGUCAGAACAUAUUAAGGUAAACUCGCGCCAUUCUUAAGACAAUCUCUUCAUUAACUAUGAUCGCCUGGUACCAAAACAUUGUAUUAUGCUUCCUAUCUCAUUAUCUCCCAUGUUAAAUAUUAUGAAUUGAUGUGACUGCUCUUUUUACUGUCGCUUUUUCGUUUCAUCGACUUUCAAAUCACAACGAUGAUAAAUAAGUUUUCACUUCAAUAGUAUGCAUAUUUCUGUCUCAUUCUUUGCCGGCUUCAUCCUACACAUUUUUAUAUUUGUGUCUCUUACCUGUCGUUUUUUCCGUUGCAUCCGGUUUGAAAUCACAACGAUUCUAAAGAAGUUUCACUUGAAAAAUAUUAUUAUUGACUCUAGGGUCUCUCUAGACUCUUCCGCGGCGUGCUAAAAUAAAUAAUUUUACAACUAGCUUAAACAAAUUGUUAGGUUAUAUAUAUUUUCAGGCAAAACAAUUGUUGAUUUCUUAGUAAUAUAUUGUCUUUUAUUAACGCGAGUGUUACACAUAUAAAUAAAACAGUUGUUGAAGGAUUACAACGCGUGUGAUUGUAAUUGUUUUUAGUAGAUUAGUUUUUGUGUAAAAGUCAAAGAUUAUUUUUAUUUUAGCUGACCUGAUGUUUCGUGACACUUUCAGAGCAAUCCCCUGAAAACGUGCUCCUUUUAAUCCUUUAAAAUGUGUUUUAUUUAAGUGAUAAUUGUAUUAAAACUCAAAUAUUUAUAAUUUAAUAAUAAUUUAAAGUGAGAAUUUACCUAUUAGAUAAAUAAUCGAAGCAUAAAAAGCAAGACACUUAGCGAGAGAUUUUCAUUUUAGAAUACUAAUAUUGAGUUAAGAAAUAUUUCAAUAAGUAGCUUGAUAGCUCCAUUACUAAUUUUAUAGAAAUUACCAUACAUUUUUUUUUAUAAUUCUUUUGAAUUUCUAGGAUCCUACAAUAAAUGAUUUCCAAAUACAAUUUUGAAUUAAAAUAUUCGUUUUAAUCUGAAAAAUUAAUUAGCAGAUUUUGAUUUUAGUAUCUACUGAUACGGGGUCACAAUCUUAAACAAACUUAUUGAAUGUAAAUCGGUUCAAAAAUUUAGGGCAUUCAACAAAAAUUGCGUGCGUUCAAAGUACAGGUGAAGUGUCAGAAGUGAAACCUGCAUUGUGCAUGAACCUGCAUAUGAUGUCCUGGUACAUGUUGCUAGGAUGAGACAUGAAUGCAACCACUAUAAAACACAUCACCGCUACUAUUUUUUAUGUUCUCAUGGAGUCUAUGUAGUAAUACGUCGUACGCAUGAGAAUAUAUUUAAGGUACACUCGCGUCAUACCUAAGACAACGUCUUCUUCAACUAUGAUCGCCUGGUACCAAAACACUAUAGCCUAUCUCAUUUUCUCUCACAUUAAAUCUCAUGAUUUUAUGUAUCUGUCUUUUUUUAGUGUCGCUUUAUCGUUUCAUCGAAUUUCAAAUGACAUUGAUCUUAAAGAAGUUUUCACUUCAAAAAAAAAGUAUCAACUGGAUUUUAGUAGCGUGCGUAACGAAAUGGAGAGAGGUAACAUACUGCUGCGGCCCGUGUACAAUUUUGAAACAAAUUUUAAUGAAAACGUUUGUAUUUGGUCCUCAUCAAACCGGGCUGAAAUCAUAGACCUGAAAAGUAUUAUUUCUUCAAUUUCCUCACCAUAUGUGAUUAAUUCCUGACAAUAUUAUAAUAUAUAUUUUUUUGUUAUUUAUAUAUUACAUUGGUACUGUAUUGAAUAUGUGCGGAUUUGUAUAUAUACCUCUAGUUACGACUAGAGUCUAGUGUAAGGUUUUAAUGUAAUAGGUAGUCAACAAAUUGAUAUUAUACCUUAAUUACACAAACGCAACAGACUGGUUGCUUUACUACUAACUCCAUAUUAUCGCUUUGAAAGUAAGCAUGAUAUUAUAAAUGUAUCUUCGUUGGAAGUUCGACUGUAUUGCUGUCUCAGUCUACAUACUGGGGUAAGACAGAAAUGUCUACACUGCCGACUAGGUAUAGUUUUCGCCACGUAAAAAGAGCACUGGCGAUCUGAUUAAUAUUAGUUUGCCAAAGAAGUGGGCGGUAAAAUUAGAUUACAUUUAAGUAGAUAAAAGUAAUCAAUUUAAAAAUAAUCAUUAGGAGCUACCAAUAAGUUACGUCACGUGAAGGGAGGGGAUCGACGACCCAAAUUUUGUGACACUUCAUUUUUUCAAACUAAUAUUUUAUUCUACCUAAGUAUUCCAACACUUAAUGUAGUUAAACUACAUGCACACCUACUAAACUUGGAAAUAUAAAAUAUUUUUUAUUAUAUUUUGUUAAUUUUCGUGCCUUUGUUUGAUUUUAUUGUAAAAUAAUUUAAAUGGAAAUAAAAAUUAUUUCGGAACACUACAUACUGUGUCAGUUUAAAAGAAUUCUAAGUUUAAAAUUGCAAAAUAUCUGACAUCACACUAGGUAAGGGGGUUGACAUGUGACCAGCUGUGACAAGGACGGGGAGUGGUCCAAAAAUCAUGACAUUCGUGGGACCUAAUUAAUGGAUGGGCCCUUAUAGUUAACACAUAAAAAACAACACCCAGAGCUCUUAUUAGGUGGAAUAUUAUACGAAGAUGAAUCAUUGGAGAAGUGGUUGAUUGUUUCUUUCCUUGGGUCCUGUGAUCAUCAAUUGUAACUUAAGGGGUUGAUGAUACAGGCGUAAUAGUGAAAAAUGUUUUGCUACUAAUAAGAAUAUUUGUAUUAUAACGAAACUGUAAUAAAGAUGAUUAUUAAUA